GCCAUCCAGAGUUAUGAACUCUGUUAACCAAUUCCUAUCGUCCUAUUCUCUCUCCGCGUAUACAUACACAAUUACACAUACACAUAUAUAGAUAUAUCAAUAUACAUAAAGCCAGGGAAAAGUCUUUAACAACAAUCAAGGGGGAUUGACUUGAUCACAUACAUACAGAGAGAGAGAGAGAGAGAGAAUUGUAGAAAGAGAAAGAGAGAAGCUACCGGACGGACGGACGAACGAUGGCUGGGUUACAGAGAUCUGAAGUAUCAUUCAGGAGGCAAGGCUCAUCAGGUCUCAUAUGGGAUGACAAGUUUCUGAAUGGUCUAUUGAAUCAUCAAAGAGAUCAAUCAGAAGAAGACGACGACAACAACAACAACAACAAUAACAACAACAACAACAACAACAACAACAACGAUGAACAAGAAGAUGAAGAACAGCUCAAAGAGGUCAAUCCGAACACACUAGAUCGGAGCAGAUCCAACGGCGGAGGACGCGCGUCCCGCACCGGCAAGGUGUCGCCGGCGAUAGAGCCGCCGUCUCCAAAGUUUUCUGCAUGUGGGUUUUGCACUGCCUUCGGAAAACCAGACAAGUCUCGCCGUCCAUCAAAGCCCCCCCGUAAGUUCAGAAUAUGAAAUUUAUUCUACUGUGUCAGUUUCAGUCGCCGGCGGAGGUAGUUACCGAAGCUGGAGGUGGAAUAUUCCGGUACUAAACGCAUUUGGUCCCUUCAUAGUUUUCAUUGUAUAUGAAUGAGCUUUGCUAGUAGAUUACUAUAAUUUAGUUUUAUCUCAAUAUAUGGAAUGAGGUCUUAGAAUUUUGAUUGUAUAUGGAAUGCUCUGUUUUCAUUAUAUUGGUCUUACCUUUAGAAAUGUUUUUGUGGUUGGUUGUAUUUUUAUUUUUAUGUGAAUAUUAUUGUUUCAUGAGGAUGAUUUUUAAUGUACAAAAGAAAA